UGUUCUUCAGUCAACAACGCAUGUGAGUUGGAGCAUCUGUGGUCAGUCCGGAGCAAAUGUAGAAAAUGCGUAUUCUGAUUGAAUUUCUUCGCUACACCCCCUCUCUCUAUCUACACGUCACUUUCUCUCUCUACACUCCUCUCCGGCAUGAAUUUCAACAAGAAGUUAACGUCACUGCCUUUCUAAAAAUCAAUCAAUUGCACAGCAUGAGACGAAACUUCUGGUCAAACCAGCACUCCUUCCCUUCUAUGGCAUUUGACCGCCAUCAAAUUUCAAUAUUCAUCCCAACCUAACUCAAUACAUAGACCCUAGCCAGCUCAGAUGGGCUAUUCUUCAUCUUCACCGUUUUCGUUUUCUAGCUCUCUUGCUUGUUGAACGACUCCGAUUUGUGGCAUCUGAAGAUGACCAUGUUUGAAGCAAUCGAAGAGCCUAAGAAGAGGAUCGAGAUCAGAGCGUUAGAUGCUCUGGGGUUAGGGUUUGAUCUGGCGAGCGAUUUCAGGCUGAAGUUUGCCAAAGGGUGUUCGGAUGGUGGAAGGUUGGUGGUGAUUGAUGAAGGCAAUAAGAGAGACAUUGUGAUUCCUGGAGGGGGUGUGGUGCGAGAUGUACCGGAGGAUAUUCGGUGCGAUAAAGGGGACCGGAUUCGGUUCAAGUCCGAUGUCCUUGAAUUCAAUCAGAUGUCAGAGUUACUUAAUCAGAGAUCUUCAGUACAAGGAAAAAUACCUUCAGGCUAUCUUAAUGCUAUUUUUGAUUUAAGUGGAUCCUGGUUCAAUGAUGCUGCUGAUGCGAGAUAUCUUGCUUUUGAUGGUUACUUCAUCUCACUGUACUAUUUGCACCUAACGGCAUCUCCACUGGUACUCCAAGACAAAGUAAAGAAUUCUGUUCCAUCUCACUGGAAUCCAGAAUCAUUAGCUAGGUUCAUCCAGACUUAUGGAACGCAUGUAAUUGUGGGGAUGGGUGUUGGAGGUCAAGAUUUACUUUGUGUUAAGCAGAAACCUUCCUCAUCAAUUCCUCCUGCUGAACUUAAAGGAUAUUUGGAGGAUCUUGGAGAUUGUCUAUUUUCAGAUGGAAGGAGCCCUUCUCUGCUAGAGAGGAAGACAAGAGAUGGUAAACAAAAGGUCCCUGAGGUCUUUAAUCGUAUGUUGCAAUCACAUACCAUGCAAUUUACCAGUGUAACAGAAACAUCAAGCAAAGAUGGCCUCACUAUUAUUUGGUCAAAAAGAGGAGGGGAUGUGUUUUCGCAAAGCCACUCCAAGUGGCUCCAGACUGUGGCAGCUAACCCCGAAGCAAUUCUCUUUAAAUUUGUUCCAAUCACUUCUCUCCUUACUGGGAUAUCAGGGAGUGGCUAUCUUAGUCAUGCAAUCAACUUGUAUUUACGCUACAAGCCUUCUGUAGAGGAUUUGCAAUACUUUUUGGAGUUCCAAGUUCCUAGACAAUGGGCACCUUUGUUUUGUGAGCUACCUCUUAGGCAUCAAAGAAAAAAGGCCUAUUGCCCUUCACUGCAGUUCAGUUUCAUGGGUCCAAAGAUUCAUGUUAGUUCUACCAAGGUUUCAAGUGUUCAAAAACCGGUUAUUGGCCUGCGCUUGUACUUAGAAGGGAAGAAAAGCAACUGGUUGGCAAUACACAUACAGCAUCUCUCAAGUCUUCCAAAUAUAAUGACAUCUGCUAGCGCCGCUGAGAUGAGGCCAUGCGAGUGGCGAGGUUCAGAUGAUUAUGAAGCUAAGGACCAAUUCCUAGAACCAGUCAAAUGGAAGAGAUACUCGAAUGUGUGCUCAUCGGUGGUUAAGCAUGACCCAAACUGGAUACAGGGAGAAUUGGGUGGUGGUGUUUUCGUUGUAACUGGUGCACAGCUCAUCAGCAAGGGAAAAUGGCCAAAGACAGUUCUUCACCUUCGUCUGCUGUAUACCCACCUACCCAACUUUACCGUCAGGAAAACAGAGUGGGCUGCCGCACCAGAAGCUUCUCGCAAGUCAAGCUUCCUGACAAAUCUAAGUACGACUUUCACAUUCACUCAGCGGACAAUAACCGAUGGACCGAAGCAGCUUCCUGCUGCAAUGAACUCCGGUGUAUAUCCAGACGGCCCACCAGUUCCAGUUCGCUCAACAAAGUUACUUAAAUUUGUGGAUACAGCGGAGGUUGUGCGAGGCCCACAUGACACCCCCGGACAUUGGUUGGUAACAGCUGCUAAGCUAGUUACCGACGGUGGUAAGAUUGGCUUGCAUGUAAAGUUUGCAUUAUUGGAAAAUUCACAGGAAUCAUAGUUUCAUUGUGUACAUGUGAUGUGACUGGGAUGUAAUUUAGGUAAAUUAUUUUCUUUGGUUUUUUGGUUCAUUUUAGUUUUAUUUUCAUCUGAAGAUAACUUUGAGGAUAAAAUUUCACAGCUUUGUACAGAAGAAGCAAAUACUUAGAGAGUAGAUGCAAUUAGGAGUUUUUCCCCUUAUACAAUUUCUUGUGUUUCACUGAUUUAUACUAUAUGUAUAAGAAGUUGAUUUUUGUAAAUUAUUAAAGUGUGUGCGCGCGCGCGCGCGCGUCUUUUAACCGUA